AUGCGCCUAUCGUCAGGCCUCCUCCUGGCCAGCGCCUCCAGUGCGUUUGGCCAAUUUACCCAGUUUACUAGAUUUACAAACACCAGCACCUCUGCUGUCGCGACCUCAACCUCUCUAACUGAGUUUGAGACUUCUUCUGUCCCACCUACCGCGAGCAUAGAAACCACUCCCACCAGUGUCGAGAGCACAGCUUCAUCUUCAGCACCAGCCUUUGCACCAAUUGUGCUCAAUCUCAAAGACGCCAUCUUGGGCCCUGGUGCUUCAUUCUACCCGCCACCAGACGGCGAUACGAUUCUCAUGUCUCCUGUGGCUAGUGACUCUGUCCUCAGGCGUCGCGCUGGUCCUGUUCCUUUUCCGGUUAUCGCCCCCUUGGUUCUGCCCAAUAAUGCAGUUUCCACUUUUAAACAACAAAUCUCUUCAGCCAUAGCGUCUGCUUUAAGCAUCGGCGUCUACAGGAUCCCGAUAACUAAUGUCUCGUGCGGUGGCGCAAUCGUUUGCACCAGUGGAUCCAGGAAGCGGGCCGAAAGUAGCCCUUGUGCUUUCCAAGUUAUCGCCAAUGGUGAGGUUAUCCAGAUUCAACCUAUCCCCAAAAGCUUUAGCGGCAGUAUUGAAAUAUCUACCAACCCUUUCGUUCUGCAACUAGAGAACGAAUUGAAGCUCCAACAAUCUUGCGGCGAUGUGAUCGUCCCUGUAGUCAUUGAAGCGGUCACGCUCCAAGAUGCUCAGGGUGUAACUCCAACUCCUAUCCCUACACCCAGUGUCGGUGUUCCUACAGGUAGUGAGACUGGGUCUUCGAGCGAAACCAGCGGCGCAGAGAUUACUACCAACUCCGAAGGCGAGACCAUCUUCCCUACUGAUACUACUACUAAAACCAACAGUCAAGGCUUCACGACCAACUCGAACGGCGAAACUAUCUUCCCUACUGGAACUGUUAUCGCUACAAACUCGGAAGGGGCCACUACUAACUCAGACGGUGAGACUGUCUUCCCAACUGAAACUGUUACUGGUGUCAACACCAACUCUGAGGGUGCCACAACCAACUCGGAGGGAGAGACUGUCUUCCCUACUGGCACUUCUACUGGUACAGUUUCUUCUGCCUCUUCAACUUCUACUUCGAUUGCUGCUGGUUUUCCUGGUGAUGUCGGCGGUUUCAGUCUCUUCGGAUGCGCAGGAUCUACCGCUGGAUUCCCUACCUAUACCCUUGCCGAGUCCAGCUCAUUGAUGGGUCUAAAUCUAUGUGCUAGCCUUUGUGAAGGGCGUGCUCAUUUUGGUGUUCAUGAUACGUGA